ACACUAAUUCAGCGGCUUCUACCUAGUCCACAGCAACCGGGAACCCACGCCUGAGUCUACUCUGAAUGACGAGACAGUCGUUGCUUUCCGGGAAGCUCUCCGCACAUGCAAACACAUCGUCGUUGUAGCAGGAGCAGGUUUAUCUGCAGCGUCAGAUCCCGACUUUCCGUGAUGGAGGAGGCAUGUGGCGAUCGUUGGACGCCACUGCGCUAGCCACUCCGGAAGCAUUUCAAGAAAAUCCGUCUCUGGUUUGGCAAUUCUAUCACUAUCGCAGGACGAGCGCGCUGCAGGCUAAGCCUAACGCCGCCCAUGAGAUACUCGCUAAGUUUUCUGUCCCGCAAUACUUGCGGAAAGUCGCUCCAGCAGCCAAAUUUUUUCACCUCGUCACACAGAACGUCGAUGGCCUGUCCGUUCAUGCUCUGCAGUCCCUUACUAGUCGCUUAGCGCCUGAUACAUUCGAGACUGCGAUUACGGUAGAUCGACGCCGGCCUCCCCUUGUCUUCCCCAAUUCCUUAUUGGAGAUGCACGGGCGGAUAUGUGACGUGCAAUGCACCGGUUGUGACUAUCGACAAGAGGACCUCUCCGAUCCUCUCUGCCCCGCCCUUGGCGCAGCAGACGCGUCUUUCCAGGACUACCACGACGCAGGGUCCAAAGAGGUCAACAUCCCUGAAGAGCAGCUUCCUCGCUGUCCCGCAUGUGGCGCUCUUGCUCGACCUGGCGUAGUCUGGUUUGGCGAGAAGCCAUACCAUCUUGAUGAGAUAAACAGCAUAGUCUACAAGGCCGAUAUGUGUCUGGUCAUCGGCACUUCGUCAACGGUAAGGCCUGCCUCCACAUACGCCUUCCGCGUCCAAAGGCACGGAGGCAAGGUGGCAGUAUUCAAUCUUGAUCCAAGCGAGAAGGAUGAGAGAGCAGACUAA